AUGGCUGCUAUUGCCUGUAGAUUAACAAAUCCUUACUUCAAGCUGAACUUCGUUUUACCGUCACUUGAAGCUAAGGAUGACAAUGAAUCAAUUGACGUCCAGGAUUCCAGGAUUGAUAUUAAGCAGAACCCAGAACCUGGAACACAAACCCAGAGGAUGAACACCAAUCCAGAAAAGGUAAGAAUAACACCAACGGCUGCCCAGAAAUAG